UCCCUUCCUAGAUUAGAGAGGAAGAGACGUGACGCCAGCAGUCCUUCCAGCCUCUCUGCCUCGCCGCACAGAGCUGAGCUGAGAGUUCAUUUGUUAUAAUUUAAUAAGAAGUUAUUGUUGCCUUCAGACUGGAAAUGAGCAAAGACUACUGCUGACAAUCAAAGCACUGCCUGGAUCCACCCUGUAGUCUCUUUUUUCAUAUUUCAAGUACUUAUAUUCUUACAAAGUUUUUGCGUCUAUUAACAGCAGGUUACGUACAGUUGUUUUUUUUACACGUAUUACUGUUGAAAUCUAUUGUUUUAUAAUAGUUUUGUUUUUCCUGCACACAGGAUGUUGUCAUGCGUGUGUUAUUCCUGUCGAUAGUAGAGCAGGUUGUGUUAGAGGUUCAGACUAUAUACAAGAGGAGAAAACUGAUGGGAACAACCAGCGCUGCCUGAAAACAUUCUCUACUUUUUCCACUGAUUUUUGAGUGAGGUUGGUGGAUUUAUUUUUCCUCCCUGGAUGUGACACUUUGAGCCAUGCUGCUGCUGCUGCUGCUGCUGCUCUGCCUGCAAACCUCACUGCAAGAACAGACUCCUCCUCCUGGUCGGUGUGAUAUCUCCCAGAGGAUGGACGUGCACACCUCCUGCACUUCUUGUGCCGCUGUCGGCAGCUGCCCCCACGGCUUCAGCAGCGUGGGCACGACCAACUGCAGUUACGUGGUGGAGAUUGGCGGCAGGGAGAUGGCGCUGGAUGGAUGUCAGCACAUCUGUAUAAAGGGAUUCAUGCAGCCACAAUGCUGCCCACAGCACUGGGGUUCUCUUUGUCUCUCCUGUCCCAGCUGGUCAGGGAAGACCUGUAACUUCCAUGGAACCUGUUUGGACGGAGACCUCGGCAACGGGACCUGCGUCUGUGAUGACGGCUUCUCUGGUUUUGCCUGUCAGGAGUGUAAGAAUGAAAACUUCUUUGGAGAAAAGUGCGACAAAGAGUGUGACUGUGCACAUGGAGUGUGUAGUAAAGGUCCAGAAGGUGAUGGACAGUGUUUGUGUCAGCCGCCGUACGCUGGGAAGCGCUGUGACCAAGUGAGUACCAGGUGCAGUAACUGCGGCCCCUACUCGUACUGUAAAGGAGAGGGAGACACCGCCAACUGUGAAUGUCUGCCCGGAUACAGGAGGAUGGCAUUCGGCAAAUGCGCAAGUAUUUGCUCAGCGAGGGAUUGUGACGUCAACGCCAAGUGCUCCUCACAGGGGUCAAGGGUCACCUGCGUCUGUAAGCCGGACUACCAGGGCGACGGCAGGAUCUGCGUACCCAAAAACCCUUGCUCCGAGAACAACGGAGGGUGUCCCAUCAACUCGACCAUCUGUGUCUUCAAAGGACCCAACAAGUCCAGCUGCGAGUGCAUGUCUGGCAUGUCCCCUGUAGGUGGCAGCGCUGAGUUUGGUUGUCAGCUGGUCUCUGCCUGCUCAGCGAACACCUGCGACCCCACAGCUGUCUGUCAAACUGAACUGGAUGGACAACCCAGGUGUGUGUGUGAGGCGGGUCAGAUUGGUGACGGACACCGGUGCUACGGUAACCUGAUGGAGCGGCUGAUAGAGCUGGACAGGACUGGAAGCCAGAGAGAAAAUCUGACAGGAACCGUCGCCAUGUUUGAGAGAGGCUGUUCACUGCUGCUGAGUCACAAAGGACCCUUCACAGCUUUCAUCCCCCUGCUGAAAACGCCUCUGAGUGGUGUUAAUGAAGAGCUGAUGUGUAAAAACCAUCUGAUCCUGGGUCAGCACCUCUACAAGUCUCUGGAGGGACGAGAUUUCAACCUGUUCGGAGGAGCAAUGUGGAGGAGCAAAGACAACAAGAGGUUCAUCCUGAUGGACAACCCCAGCAGACUGUACAACGUCAUCCAGGAGGACCUGCCAGCAGCCAAUGGGAUCAUCCACAUCAUCGACCGGCCAAUCACAAACACUCUUUCUGACAAAUCUCCUCGUGAUGAACGGUGUGCUAAGCUGACGAUCAGAGAGAUUCUGACUAAGGAUGAAAAAUACAACCGCUUCCUGUCUCUGGUUGAUAACUGCGGGUCGCCGCCCCCGUUUCGGGGUCCUGGUCCCCUGACUGUGUUCGUCCCCACCAACCAGGCUGUGGACAAAUCCAGAGACGGCAGCAUCUUGUACAUGCUGCACGAAGCCAAACAUAAACUUCAGGAACUUCUCAGACAUCACGUUUUCUCCCAGGCGGUGCUGACAGUCGACGAGUUAACUACUCUCCCGCGGAUUCAGACGAUGGCCAAUCAGUUUGUCACCAUCACUGUGUCCAACAAUGGUGAGAUCCUACUGGGCGAAAAGGGCGUCCGUCUGGCGAGCACCAACAUUGUGGCGUCCAACGGGAUCAUCCAUAUGAUUGACGGGCUUCUGUUCCCGCCCUCCAUCCUCCCCAUCCUUCCUCAUCGCUGUGAUGUCAUCGAGAGCAAAAUCACCUUGGGUCCAUGUGUUUCCUGCCGUUACCUCCAUGAGACUGAAUGUCCAGGUGGCACCACUGAAAUGGACAGUCAUCAGAUCGGCUGUGAUUACCUCCAAGGGGGUUACAGUAUGUCCAUCAGUAAAGGCUGCGCCAAAUUUUGCAACACAACCAAAAAGGUAGCACAGUGCUGUAAAGGUUUCUACGGUCCGGACUGUAAACCCUGCAUCGGAGGAUUCCAGCAUCCCUGCUACGACAAAGGAACGUGUUUUGACGGGAUCUAUGGCAACGGCUCGUGCAGCUGUCAGCCAGGCCUCAAGGGUGUCGCAUGCCACAUCUGUGCGGAUCCGUCCAAGCACGGAGAAAAGUGUGAUGAAGAGUGCCGCUGUGUCCACGGUGUGUGUGAUAACCGUCCAGGCAGCGGUGGUGUGUGUCGGAGAGGAUCCUGUAUGGAAGGAUACUCUGGAGAAAACUGUGACAAGACGGCCACGCCAUGCAACUCUGACGGACUGCAGGAGCACUGCCACAUACAUGCAUACUGCACACACACAGGACUGCAUACCAGGUGUUUGUGUAGGGAUGGAUAUGAUGGUGACGGUCACUCCUGUUCUCCCAUCAACCCCUGCCUGAAGAGCAACCGGGGAGGCUGUCACUCCAACGCAGAGUGUGUGUAUGUGGGUCCAGGUAACGCGUCGUGUGUGUGUAUAGAGGGCUGGACAGGUGACGGCAGAGUGUGUGUGGAGAUCAACAACUGUCAGCUGGAGAGUGGAGGAGGCUGCAGCCCCAACGCCGACUGUAACCACAUCGGACCUGGACAGAGUGAGUGUGUUUGUAAAACAGGUUACAUGGGUGACGGUAUUGUGUGUGACAUCAUUAAUCCCUGCCUCAAGAACAAUGGAGGCUGCCAUGACCUGGCGAAGUGUGAGCUCUCUAAGGUGGACGGGGCUCACACCUGUACCUGUCCUGACGGCUACACAGGAGACGGAACUAUCUGCUACGGGACAAUACUGGAGGAGCUGGACAUGAACCCGAAGCUGUACACUUUCUACCGACUGACUCAGACGUACAGUCACCUCUCUGACGACCUGCUCGGGAACCUCACAGUGUUGGUUCCGUCCAGAGAAGCUCUGAGGAACAUGACUUCAGCUCAGGACAAGUUCUGGUCCAGCAGACACCACCUGCCUCACUUGUUGCGGGCCCAUAUCAUACCGGGGAUCUACUCCAUAGAAGACCUGGCCAGAAUGGUGGGCCACAGGCUGCAAACCCUGAACCCCCCCACCGACUGGGAGAUCAGCAACAGCAGCGGGGGGAUCCACAUUGGAAAAUCCUCCAUCCUCACCCACAACCUGCCUGCAAUCAAUGGCUACAUCCACGUCAUAGACCAGAUUCUGGCUCCAUCCCGCUCAGACAUCCCCCCCGAGCCCCCCACCCUGAUGGCCUUCCUUAACUCCUCCUCCACCUUCACUCUGUUCAGACAGCACGCUCUGAUGUUCAAUCUCUCAGAUGAUCUGAGUGUGUUUGAUUUCACGCUCCUGCUGCCAACAGAUGAUGCCAUCAGGCAGCACCUCAGCAGGACUAACUCCUCCCUCCUGGACUCUGAUGUGUUCAAGUACCACGUGAUUCUCAACGAGCUGCUCUUCCCUGACCACCUGUCUGACGGCACGCUGAAAAGCACCCUGCUGGGCAGCGAUUACCAGGUCCAGUUCCACUUAAACGACAACAACCAGACAGCUGUGAACGACGUUCCCCUUGACGGCACUGUAACUGAGACGCAGAACGGCGUCAUCAUAGUCCUCCCUCAGGUCCUGAAAAUCCACCGCAACAGAUGCAGCAAACAGGUCACCCUGCAGGUCAACGGAAGGUGCGCAGACUGUGAGGGACCCCCUCGAUGCCUUUUUACCUACAAACCGAUCAGAGAGCAGUUUCCGGCCAACAUGCGAUCCAACUGUAAAUACAGGAAGCGAGUCGGAGUCAGGAGGAAGUCCGUGCCAGGCUGUGUCCUCAAAUGUCUUCGGUUAACCACGGAUCACUCCUGCUGCCCCGGUUACUACGGCCACGAGUGCUUCCGAUGCCCCGGCGCCGUCGGCAGCUGGUGCUCCAAUCACGGGGAGUGUCAGGACGGUAACCACGGCAACGGGGAGUGCCGUUGCUUCGAGGGUUUCCACGGCACCGCGUGCGAGGACUGCGAGCCGGGACGAUACGGAGUCAACUGCUCCUCCAAGUGUGUGUGUGACCACGGGAAGUGUGAGGACGGUCUGUCAGGAAGUGGCAGGUGUGUGUGUCACAAAGGUUGGAAAGGAGCUUCCUGCUCUGUAGAGAUCAAGGAUGACGCCUGUGGAGGUGUAUGUGACGAGAACGCCAACUGUAUAACGGGACCAAAGGGUACAGCUGCUGCCUGUGUGUGUGUGGCUGGAUACGAAGGCAACGGAACUCACUGCAAUGAGCUGGAUUUGUGCCACAUGUCUAACGGUGGAUGUUCAGAAUUUGCCGUUUGCUUGAAGGUCUCAGCAGGAGAGAGGACCUGUACCUGUAGAGGGGGGUACAUUGGAGACGGGGUCAUCUGUCUGGAGGUUGACGGUUGUUUGGUCAACAAUGGAGGCUGCCACAGGUCAGCGGAUUGCACCAGAACAGGCCCCAACACGACGGCCUGCAGGUGUCGGAUGGGCUUUCAAGGAUCAGGGAGGUUCUGUUACCCUGUCAACCCCUGCAGAAAUAGAAAUGGCGGCUGCAGUCAGCAUGCUCGCUGUGAGUAUAUGGGUCAGGGUCAGAGGAACUGCACCUGCUACAGAGGCCACGUGGGCGACGGCAUCAAUUGCCGGGGAACCACCAACAACGAGGUGUUCCGCCAAUCAGAGAAUGACUUCUUCCGUCGAAUGGUAGCGAAAUCAACGUCUCGUGUUCUUAAUAAAGACGGACCGUCUACUGUCUUCGUCCCUCUAGCGGAAACAAACGACUCCACUGUUGAGGAAUGGGAGCGGUCCGGUCGUCUCUCUGAGCUGCUUCGUUACCACAUUGUUUCCUGUGAGAUUUUGACCCUGAGUGACCUGAAAACCACCAAACUCGCUGUCUCUACGUCAGGACACACACUGCACUUCAGCCUGCAGCAGGGUUCAGUCUGGGUCAACAACAGAUCGAGGAUUGUGAAGAGCGAUUACACCACUUCUAACGGAGUCAUUCACCACAUCGACACACUGUUGACGCCCUACAGGCUGCAGGACAAACCAAGCAUCGAGUCUAACAAGAUGAACUUAACGUCAGCAGCUGUGUUUUAUGGCUACAGCCGCUUCUACAAACUUGUGGAGGAUGUGGGGUUACUCCCCGUGCUUCAGUUGUCCAUCCAUCAGCCGUUCACCAUGUUCUGGCCCACAGACAAGGCCCUCAACUCCCUGCCAGCUGAAAGAAAGCACUGGCUCUCCAGCCCCGAUCACCGAGACCAAGUGGCUGCCUUAGUCAAGGCUCACAUCAUACGCAACUCCAAGGUUUUAGGUAUCGGUCAGCCGGAUAAAUACUCGUCAUUGCGCACCAUGCACGGAUCCAUCAUCAAGUACAGCUGUGAUAAGACCCUGGUGGGGGCUGUAUCGAUUAAUGACAAUGCCAGGGUAGUGGAGCGCUACAUGAACUUCGAAGAGGGCGUUGCCUAUGGCAUCGACCAGCUACUGGAACCACCGGGCCUGGGAGCGAUCUGCGACAGCGGGGAGAACAGAACCACUUACGGUCGCUGUGGACGCUGCCCCUUCCCACCAUCCUGUCCCUUCAGACACCAAGACACGCAAAAGACGGAGCCUUGUAUGAACAGGUCCCCACCGUAUGGGCGCCGCCACCAUCAUUGGUACCUCUUGGAUGAUAUCAGCAAGAUGGGCUGUAAGAGAGUGUGUCAGUUUUCUUCCUGGGUCCAAAAGUGCUGCAAAAACCACUACGGCCGAGACUGUCAAGUUUGUCCAGGUGGCCUGGAGGCCCCUUGUAGUAACCAUGGUUCAUGCGACGAUGGCAUGCAGGGAUCAGGAAGAUGUAGGUGCAACGAAGGCUUCAUAGGCAAAGCCUGCACACUGUGUUCCACGAGACACUAUGGCCCCAACUGCACAGCCUGCAACUGCGGGAAGCAGGGAAGGUGUGAUGUAGGCAUGGAAGGUUCUGGAAAGUGUGUCUGUAACCCGGGCUGGAUGGGGGAUCGCUGCCAGAUCGAUUUAGGCUCGAUCCCAGAGGAGUGCCGGCGGUGCCACGCUCAGGCCGACUGUGUGCCAGGUGCUGGUUGUCAGUGUAAAUCUGGGUUUCAGGGGAACGGCACCUUCUGUGAUCCGGAGCCACCUCCAAACCUCUGCUUCGAAUAUAACGGUGGCUGUCACCAAAAUGCAGUCUGUAACCAGACGGGGCUGCUCGUCAACUGCACCUGUCAUAGCAGUUACCAAGGAGACGGCUACUCCUGCGAGCCCAUCAACAGGUGUAUUGAAGAGCAGAACGGCGGCUGCAGUGACUUUGCCUCCUGCAAGUUCACUGGUCCAAACGAGCGUCAGUGCGAGUGCCUGCCAGGGUACCUGGGUAAUGGAGUCCAGUGUCUGGAGAAGGUGGUGCCCCCUGUGGACCGCUGCCUGGAAGACAACGGAGGCUGCGACCCCGUGGCCAACUGCAAGGACCUGCAUUACCAUGCCAACACAGCAGGAGUGUUCAACCUGCGCUCUCCAGACGGGAAGUACAAGAUGAACUUCAGUCAGGCCGACGCCGCCUGCCAGGCCGAGGACGCCACGCUGGCCAACUUUAAACAGCUGGGAGACGCACAGCAGCUGGGGAUGCAUCUGUGCGUGGCCGGCUGGAUGAAGGGGGGGCAGGUGGGAUACCCGACCCGCUUCCCCUCGGUCAGGUGUGGAGACAACCACGUGGGCCUGGUUAUCUACAAGGAACCUGUGGACCAGAGCAGCAAGUACGACGCCUACUGCUACAGGCUCAACGAUGUUUCAUGUGUGUGUCCUGCCGGUUACAUUGGAAACGGAGACUUCUGUAACGGCGUCCUGACCAGCAUCCUCGCAACGUACAGCAAUUUCUCCAUCUUUUACAAGUUGUUGUUGGACUAUAGCGGCCACUCCUCAGAGGGCAAACAGCUCGUUGAAUUCAUGUCUCACAGGAAGUCUGAGGUGACGUUGUUUGUUCCUCAUAACGCCGGCUUCGGUCCAAACCAGACUCUGUCUGGUAGAGAUCUUGAGUAUCACAUCUCAACCAAUCACAGCAUUCGACCAUUUAAGGAUCUGAAACACCAGGAAGUCAUCAUAUCCAGGCUUGGAUUCAACCUGACUGUUACCCACGGCAAAAACGAGAGCUUUAAGCUUGUGAACCGGCGGAUGCUGCUGGAGUGGGACAUUCCUGCUGUAAACGGGAUCAUCCAUGUCAUCGAGGCCCCGCUGACAGCGCCCCCCGCACCGAUCUCCCAUCAUGCUUCCCGAGGCCACGCCCACUCAGGCGGCACAGUGUCGGCUAUCUUGGUGUCGUUGUUGCUGGCGUGUGUGUUGGCUGCACUCGGCUACUACGUCUUCAAACACAAGACGGACGCCUUUCGCUUCCACUACUUUAGGGACGAGGAUGAGGACGCUGCGCCGGGCGGCAGGACGAAGCCCACGCUAGUCUCCAUCCCCAACCCUCUGUACAGCGGCUCCAGAGCCUUCAGCGAGCCGUUUGAGGAGGCCGGUCAGGGGUUGGAGCCAGCAGAACCUGAAGAACCUCCGAAGAUUCUGGACCUGGACCAGUAGAGCCAGUAGAACUGGAGCCGUCUGUUUACAUACCACAAUAACCUGUUAGUUUCAGAUCAUCUGUAUUCAAAUAAGAAAUAAAAGUCAAUUUCUUUUUUUAAAUCAGCAAUGGAUCAA